GCCGGAAUGUGGACGGCGCUGCGCCGGCCCUGAGGCGGCUGCGCGGCCCGCCGAGCCCUUCGUGCCCGGCCUCGCCGCUGCUGCCGGUCGGCGGAGCACGGGCUGGAGGCGGCGGCAGAGCGGAGAAGACGGUUCAGCUGCCAGCGGUUCUUGUAGCAAGAGGAUAAUCCUGACCUGAGAUGGAAGUCAAAACAUCGUUUAGCAAAGCCAGUAGGAUUCCUGAAACUGUAUCCACAUUAAUUAAUGAAGACUUUGUUCUGGUUCAUCAGCAAUCUGAGGACACCUCUGGAAAAGAUGAAAAGCCUCAGCUGAAGGUCUUUUCAAAUGAAGAUGGUCAGCUGGAGAAAGCAAUGGAAGAGAUACUGAGGGAUUCUGAAAAAGGACAAAAUAAUUUCUCUAUUCUCCAGGAAGGUUCAAGUGAUGCAGGCAGCCAGGCAGCUGGGGAUGACUCAGGAGGUCAAACAAAUCAGCCAUCUUUGCACCUUGUUUUAGACCCUUCUACUACAGAAGUCUCGGCACCACAACCAUCUUCUCCCUUGGAGCCCCUGGAAGAGGACAGUGUCUUGUUUAACAAACUGACUUACUUAGGUUUCACCAAGGUGUCUGCCCCUCGAAAUGAAUCAGAAGCUCUCCAUGCUAUGGCAAACCUGAGAUCCUCAAGUCAAGCCCCUUUACCUGUAACACUUUAUGUUCCAAACAUUCCAGAAGGCUCUGUAAGAAUAAUCAAUCAAUCAAACAAUACAGAGAUAGCUUCUUUCCCAAUCUACAAGGUGUUGUUUUGUGUGCGUGGGCAAAAUGGGACUUCAGAGAGCGACUGUUUUGCAUUUACUGAGAGCAGCUGUGGAACAGAAGAGUUCCAGAUCCAUGUCUUCUCCUGUGAGAUUAAAGAGGCAGUCAGCCGAAUUUUAUACAGCUUCUCAACGGCAUUCAAGAGGUCUUCCAAACAAGCAUCUGAGCAUGUGAAGGACUUUGCUCUUCCUACUCCGGAUAGCGAUGUGUACACUUUCAGUGUUUCCUUAGAAGUCAAAGAAGAUGAUGGAAAAGGGAACUUUAGCCCUGUGCCAAAAGAUAGAGAUAAAUUAUAUUUCAAGCUUAAACAGGGAAUAGAGAAGAAGGUGGUGAUUACAGUUCAGCAGCUCUCUAACAAAGAACUGGCCAUUGAAAGAUGCUUUGGGAUGCUUCUAAGCCCUGGAAGAAAUGUGAAGAACAGUGAUAUGCAUUUACUAGACAUGGAAUCCAUGGGAAAGAGUUCUGAUGGGAAAGCUUAUAUAAUUACUGGAAUGUGGAAUCCUAAUGCACCCAUGUUUCUAGUACUUAAUGAGGAAACUCCUAAAGAUAAGCGUGUGUUCAUGACUGUGGCAGUGGACAUGGUGGUCACUGAGGUGGUGGAGCCAGUCCGCUUCCUGCUGGAGACGGUGGUGCGCGUCUACCCUGCCAACGAGCGCUUCUGGUACUUCAGCAGGAAAACCUUCACCGAGACCUUUUACAUGAAGCUAAAGCAGUCUGAAGGAAAAAGCCACACAAGUGCUGGGGAUGCAAUUUAUGAAGUUGUCAGCCUACAAAGAGAAUCUGCCAAGGAAGAAGAAUUGAUCACUCCAACAAGUGGAGGAGGGCCUACGUCUUCCCAGGAGGAUGAGGCAGAAGAAGAGAGUGAUAAUGAACUCUCCAGUGGCACUGGUGAUGUGUCAAAGGAUUGUCCUGAGAAGAUUUUGUAUUCCUGGGGAGAAUUACUGGGGAGAUGGCACAAUAACCUUGUGGUGAGACCAAAUGGACUAUCUACACUGGUGAAACGUGGUGUGCCAGAAGCACUACGGGCAGAGGUUUGGCAGCUGCUGGCAGGAUGCCAUGACAACCAGGCAAUGCUGGAUAAGUACAGACUUCUCAUCACAAUGGAUUCUGCUCAAGAGAGUGUCAUUACUCGAGACAUCCAUCGUACAUUUCCAGCACAUGAUUAUUUCAAAGACACAGAAGGAGACGGGCAAGAAUCUCUGUACAAAAUCUGUAAGGCAUACUCUGUCUAUGAUGAAGAUAUCGGCUACUGCCAGGGACAGUCUUUCCUUGCAGCUGUGCUUCUGCUUCAUAUGCCAGAGGAGCAGGCAUUCUGUGUGUUUGUGAAGAUCAUGUAUGACUAUGGCCUGAGGGACCUCUACAGGAAUAACUUUGAAGACCUCCAUUGUAAAUUUUUCCAGCUGGAGAAGUUAAUGCAGGAGCAGUUACCAGACUUGCACAGCCAUUUCUCAGACCUCAAUUUGGAAGCUCAUAUGUAUGCAUCCCAGUGGUUCCUCACUCUUUUCACUGCCAAGUUUCCCCUCUGCAUGGUCUUCCACAUCAUUGACUUACUGCUAUGUGAGGGUAUGAACAUAAUCUUCCACGUAGCCUUGGCUCUCUUAAAGACCUCCAAAGAGGACCUUCUACAGGCUGAUUUUGAAGGGGCUUUAAAAUUCUUCAGAGUUCAGUUGCCCAAGAGGUACAGAGCUGAAGAGAACGCCAGGAGACUGAUGGAACAAGCUUGCAACAUUAAGGUGCCAACAAAAAAGCUGAAGAAAUAUGAGAGAGAGUACCAGACAAUGCGAGAGAGUCAGCUGCAGCAGGAAGAUCCUAUGGACAGAUACAAGAGGGAGAACCGCAGGCUCCAAGAAGCAAGCAUGAGGCUGGAGCAGGAGAAUGAUGACCUUGCCCAUGAGCUUGUAACAAGCAAAAUUGCCUUACGGAAUGACCUGGACCAGGCUGAAGACAAGGCAGAUGUUUUGAACAAGGAACUUCUCCUGACCAAGCAGAAGCUGGUGGAGACUGAGGAGGAGAAACGGAAGCAGGAAGAGGAAACUGCUCAGCUGAAGGAAGUCUUCAGGAAGCAGCUUGAGAAGGCAGAAUCUGAGAUCAAGAAAACCACAGCCAUUAUUGCAGAGUACAAACAGAUUUGUUCCCAGCUGAGUACCAGGCUGGAAAAACAACAAGUGGCCAGUAAAGAUGAGCUGGAGGUCUUGAAGGGCAAAGUGAUGGCUUGCAAACACUGCAGUGAGAUUUUCAGCAAGGAGGGGACACUGAAGCUGUCUGCUGUAAGCACGGAGAAUAAAGGCCUUGAAAUAGAUGACGAGAAGGAUGCACUGAAGAAGCAGCUGAGAGAGAUGGAGCUGGAACUUGCACAGACCAAACUGCAGCUCGUGGAAGCCAAGUGCAAAAUUCAGGAGCUGGAGCACCAGAGAGGAGCCCUUAUGAAUGAAAUCCAAGCUGCCAAAAACUCUUGGUUUAGCAAAACCCUGAACUCUAUCAAAACGGCCACAGGCACGCAGCCACCGCAGCAGCCUCAGCCGCCCCUGCCACCCAGAGAGGGCAGCACAUAGUGCCCACCAGAGCCGCCACAAGAGCACAAAGAACAACACAACUCCAACCCUGGAGGCUUCUCCCAGUGGUCUCUCCUGAUGAGAAAAGGACAAAAGGCAGGAGGAGUGCAGGCUUGAAGUGAAAUUCUUCGGUGUUUUUCAUUCAUUCUGAUGUGACCCUUUUCAAAGGGGGGUGGUGGGGGAGGGAAACAAAAAGGUUAAUUCCUGGUUUGUGUUGAAUUCUUACUUCCCAAACUGCCUUGCUGAAAGCCACGUUCUGAUACCUUCAUACUUUUACACUUUAUUUUAUAUGACUAGAUGUUAAAUAAAUACUUCAAAAGUAGGUCUUUAAUACAUGACUAAUUAUUCAGAAUUAUUUUUAUCUUGCAUUAGAAGGUUUCUUUCUCCUUCUGGAGGAAGAGGGAGGAUGACAGAUGUACAGUGCUGAAGUGUAACCUCUGGGUAGAAAGCACAGUGUAAUACAUGUGUGUGUGUAUGUGUGUGUGUGUGGGUGUCUAGGAUCACUUACACCCCGGGACCAUCUCAGAAGUUUAUCUCAGUGACUGUGCCCUGCAGAGAAGCACUUUUUUGUAAAGCUUAGGCCACAGCAAAGGUAGUUUUGUGCUCUCUGGGCACAACUGUUUAUGAGCUUUCCUGACCCUUUCUUUGUUUUGAGGUGUUUGUUUUUUUCCCCUGCAGAAAUGCAAGUUAAUGCAGUUCUUCAUAGCACUGUUGUUUAAAGGCUGUUUACAGCUGAACUGGAAUUGAACAUAAAGUUACCUAAUUCCCUUUUAUUAGGUUGUGUUAAUACUAAGAAUUCCUUCCACUGGGAAAAAGGGAAAACUACUCAACAAUUAUUUGAUGUUUUUUCUUGCUGAGAAGCAGAAUGGAGACCUUGCAUAGUCCUGACCCUUUUGUAAACUCUGUGCUGUAAAGGGGAGGUUUGGUGAAUAAAAGCAAUGAAAGGCUUUCCCUGGGCCUAUAAUCAAAUUCUGAAUUUGACACAGAAAUGAGACAUCAAAUUAAAACAAACCCACCCAAACAGGCUUGCGCUGCAGUGAUGAAUAAAACAUCACAGAAGCAAGGUCUGUUUGCCAGAAGUAUUUGAUUAGGGAACACUACAUUGCUAUUACUCAUUUUUAUAAACCCAAACAUUUUUCAAGUGGAACACAAACCCUAGACUUGCCCAUGGGGUAGACUUCUCUGAUGAUUCCCAAACCUGUCUGGUUGUUUUCUAUCUCUUUAAUGUAAGAAAAUUCAAAAGCAUUUGUUUUGACUGGACAUUAAAAAGUGUUUAUAGAAAUACUUAUUUCAUGGAAAAUUAAAACUAUUGCUUGAACUGAUGGACUAUUUUUUUAAUUAUACCUGUCCUGUCUAAAGAUGGUCUUGCUGCAGGUAAAUGUCAUUGCUGGACUAAAGGUCGUGUGUAUUAAUUGUUCCAUUGACAGAAUUGUUCCAGGGAUCUGAGUUCUGUUCUGAUCUUUUUUGUUUUUUUUAAUUCUAAGGAAUGCCAUAUCUUGUCAGUUUUGUACAAUAAAAUCUAAUGAUACCCA